AUGGACUACCAGUGCGUGGUCGUGUACACCGUCAUACACAUCCCGCCGCCCGGGCAGUACGGGGGUAGGUUUGGGGGCCGUGGAAGGAGGCAGGAGGGGUGUCUCGAAUGGGUCAAGGGGCAGAUCAAAAGAGCGGUAGCGGCCUACCUGCGCGCCCUCAACCUCUCGCCCAACAACGCCGUGGUGCAUGGCAACCUCGCGUGCGUCUACUACGAGCAGGGCCUCAUCGACCUGGCCAUCGACACCUACCGCAGGGCCAUCGAGCUGCAGCCGAACUUCCCCGACGCCUACUGCAAUCUGGCAAACGCGCUGAAGGAGAAGGGCCAGGUGUCGGAGGCGGAGGAGUGCUACAACACGGCGUUGAGGUUAUGUCCGUCGCACGCCGAUUCGCUGAACAAUUUGGCGAACAUCAAGCGCGAGCAAGGGUACAUCGAGGAGGCUACGAGGCUAUAUCUGAAGGCACUAGAAGUGUUCCCAGAAUUUGCAGCUGCUCACAGCAAUUUGGCUUCAGUUUUACAACAACAAGGAAAACUAAAUGAAGCCCUCAUGCAUUACAAGGAGGCGAUCAGGAUCCAGCCUACCUUUGCUGAUGCCUAUUCUAAUAUGGGCAACACCCUCAAAGAGAUGCAAGACGUCUCCGGCGCCCUGCAGUGCUACACGCGCGCCAUCCAGAUCAACCCGGCGUUCGCCGACGCGCACAGCAACCUCGCCAGCAUCCACAAGGACUCCGGCAACAUCCCCGAAGCUAUCCAGUCGUACCGCACGGCGCUCAAGCUCAAACCGGACUUUCCGGACGCCUACUGCAACCUGGCGCACUGCCUGCAGAUCGUCUGCGACUGGACGGACUACGACGCGCGCAUGCGCAAGCUGGUCGGCAUCGUGGCCGAGCAGCUGGAGCGCAACAGGUUGCCGUCGGUGCAUCCGCACCAUUCGAUGUUGUAUCCGUUGUCGCACGAGUUCAGGAAGGCUAUCGCUGCUCGCCACGCUAACUUGUGCCUGGAAAAGAUCAACGUGCUGCACAAGCCGCCCUACAAAUUCUCGCCCGAGCUGAAGGGCCGCCUGAGAAUCGGCUACGUCAGCAGCGAUUUCGGCAACCAUCCCACCUCGCAUCUGAUGCAAUCGGUGCCCGGGAUGCACGACAGGACCAAGGUCGAGGUGUUUUGCUACGCGUUGAGUCAAGACGACGGUACUACAUUCCGCAGCAAGAUAUCGAGGGAAUCCGAGCAUUUCAUCGAUCUAUCGACCAUUCCUUGUAACGGGAAGGCGGCCGACAGAAUCUAUGCCGACAACAUCAAUAUUUUGGUCAACAUGAACGGUUACACUAAGGGGGCCCGUAACGAGAUUUUCGCAUUGAGACCGGCUGCUGUACAGGUGAUGUGGCUGGGCUACCCAGGCACCAGUGGCGCCAGCUUCAUGGACUACCUGGUCACCGACGCUAUCACCUCGCCGGUGGAGCUCGCCUCGCAGUACAGCGAAAAGCUCGCCUACAUGCCGUACACGUACUUCGUCGGCGAUCACAAGCAGAUGUUUCCGCACCUGCGGGAACGGUUGAUCGUCAGCGACAAGAACGGCCAGAAUUUGGCCGACAACGUGGCCAUCAUCAACGCCACUGACUUGUCACCGUUGGUCGAGAGUACCGACAUCAAGGAGAUCAAGGAGAUAGUGAAGGCGAAUAAGCCGGUGGAAAUCAGCAUGAAGGUGGCUGAGUUACCGACCACCACGCUCAUCGAGAACAUGAUCGCCUCAGGCCAGGUGCAGACCUCUUUGAAUGGGGUAGUGGUGCAAAAUGGAUUGGCUACCACACAGACGAACAAUAAAGCAGCUACCGGUGAAGAGGUACCGCAGAACAUCGUGAUCACAACCAGACAGCAGUACGGCCUGCCGGACGAUGCAGUCGUCUACUGCAACUUCAACCAGCUGUACAAGAUCGACCCGAUCACGCUGCACAUGUGGGUGAACAUCCUCAAGGCCGUGCCGAACGCCGUCCUCUGGCUGCUGCGUUUCCCCGCUGUCGGGGAGCCCAAUCUGCUGGCCACGGCGCAGCACCUCGGCCUCUCCCCCGACAAGAUCAUCUUCAGCAACGUGGCCGCCAAGGAGGAGCACGUGCGCCGCGGCCAACUGGCCGACGUCUGCCUCGACACGCCCCUCUGCAACGGCCACACCACCAGCAUGGACGUGCUGUGGACGGGCACGCCGGUGGUGACGCUGCCCGCCGAGACGUUGGCGUCGCGAGUGGCCGCCAGCCAGCUGCACACGCUCGGCUGCCCCGAGCUGGUGGCGCGCAACGGCAGAGAGUACCAGGAGAUCGCCAUCCGACUGGGCACCGACAAGGAAUAUUUGAAAGCGAUGCGACAUAAAGUUUGGACGGCCCGUUCCAAUUCCCCGUUGUUCGAUUGCAAACAGUACGCCCAAGGCUUGGAAUUGCUGUACGGCAAGAUGUGGGAGCGUUUUUCUGCGGGUCUCAAACCCGACCACAUCACGGACACCACCGCUAAGAAGUAA